AUGGAAGUAAUAUCUUCUGACAAGAAUAGCCCAGAAAAACAGCAGGAUUUAAUAAUACAAGCACAAGAACUGGAUGCACAAGUUGAUCCACAGAAAUUGCAUGGAGUACCAUGCAGAUCUAAAAAGGAACAUGACUAUGUGACUACUAUGAUAAGUCACCCUAAAAAUUUAAAGGAGGAAGAACACAAAAAACGCAUGCCGAUGGCACUAGAGGAACACAUAAACCGCAUGGAGAUGGCAAAAGAAGAACACAUGAAACGCAUGGAGAUGGCAAAAAAUGAACACAUGAAACACAUGGAGAUGGCAGAAGAGGAACACAAAAUAAAACUAGAAAUACACCAAGAAAAAUUAAAAUGUGCUAAAAUAGAAAGAGAAAUUUUAGAAUUAAAAAAAGCCUGUGAUAUG